AGUUAAUCCACUCUACCAAAUUAGAGAGCCUUGUGGUGUGACACGUUUGAGAACAGAGCAUAGCAGAACAGAGCAGAAGACAGAGCAGAACACUCUUGGUUCUUCUUUUGUCUCUCUCGAAAACAACCUAUGAUUCUCUCCGCCCCUCUUUAAUUCAGUGCCUGUUUACUUUUUUCUUGUUCCUUUUUUAUUUCUUUUUUAUGCAAAUAUGGGGGAAGAGGUGCGUGUAACCAAUUUGCAUAAUAGAGACGGUGGAAACGAAGAUCAGAACCAGGAAUUCGACAUUUAUCCUUUGAGUUGUUACUAUUUUGGAUCCAAAGAUACCAUUCCCUUCAAAGACCACACUCUACAUCAUCACCUUCUCAGGAUCCAAUCCAACUAUGCUGCCAGUGGGUUACGAACUUCUGUGGAGGCUGUCUUACUGGUUGAAUUGUUCAAACAUCCACACUUGUUGCUUUUGCAAGUAAGAAAUUCCAUCUAUAAACUUCCCGGUGGUAGAUUAAGGCCAGGCGAAUCAGAUACUGAUGGAUUGAAGCGUAAGCUGACAAGGAAGCUUUCUGUUGACGAAGAUGGAGAUGGUUCAGAAUGGGAGGUUGGUGAAUGCCUUGGAAUGUGGUGGAGACCUGAUUUUGAAACAUUAUUGUAUCCUUUCUUGCCACCAAAUGUAAAACAGCCAAAGGAGUGUACAAAAGUUUUCCUUGUGAAGUUGCCUGCCAGUAGGAAGUUCAUUGUACCCAAGAACAUGAGGUUGCUUGCAGUUCCAUUGUGCCAAGUUCAUGAAAAUCAAAAGACAUAUGGGCAAAUAAUAUCAGGGGUUCCACAGCUUCUGUCGAAAUUCUCUUUCAACAUGUUGGAAUCUUGAUAUUUGAACCAUUUGGCAGGCAGUCACAGCCUCUCUGCUAAUGAGGCUUCUCUCCUUAGCAUCUGCUC